AAAGGGAACAAAGCUAUCGCGAACAGAGCGAGUGGUGUGCGAGGGCUUAAAGUGUCUUUCAAUUUGUGACUUCAUUAGGUAUUAAUCGGAGGGGAAAAACGUCAGCAUCAGCUGGUGGCAAGAUUUCGGGACAGGUUUGGAGGGGGUAGCGCCUGAAGCACUGUUGAAGCUGACAGUUCCCGGGCUCCAGAAACCUGGCGGAAUGGCCACUGAACUCUUCAGCAAACAGCAAACCAUUCAACUCCGGCAAAGGCACAUCGGGCCUUCAUGCAAGGUGUUCUUUUCAAAGGACCCACUCAAGGUAAUCCGUGCCCAGGGUCAGUACAUGUAUGAUGAGAACGACACCGAGUUCUUGGACUGCAUUAACAAUGUAGCUCAUGUGGGACAUAGCCACCCGGACGUGGUGCAAGCUGCUGUCAAGCAGAUGGAACUGCUGAACACAAACUCGCGUUUCCUGCAUGAUAAUCUCGUCCAGUAUGCUAAUCAGCUCACUGCCACUCUCCACCCAAAACUUUCAGUUUGCUACUUUGUCAACUCAGGCUCCGAAGCUAAUGAUCUUGCCCUUCGAUUGGCUCGCCAGUAUACAGGUCACCAUGAUAUCAUCACCCUUGACCAUGCUUAUCACGGACACAUAACGUCUUUGAUCGACAUCAGCCCAUAUAAAUUCCAUGAGCUUCCCUCAGGAAGUCAGAAGGAGUUUGUGCACGUUGCACCAUCCCCAGACAUCUACAGAGGAAAGUACAGAGAGGACCACCCUGAUCCAGCCUCAGCCUAUGCAAAUGAAGUAAACUUGCUGAUUCAGGAGGCGCAAAAGAAAGGCCGCAAGAUGGCUGCGUUUAUUGCUGAAUCCAUGCAGAGUUGCGGAGGCCAAAUAAUCCCACCACCUGGCUACUUCCAGAAAGUGGCACAAUACUUGCAUAACGUGGGGGGCGUGUUUAUAGCCGAUGAAGUCCAGGUGGGCUUUGGCCGUGUCGGAAAAUAUUUCUGGGCCUUCCAGUUACAAGGAGAGGACUUUGUUCCAGACAUUGUCACUAUGGGCAAACCCAUCGGAAACGGCCAUCCCAUGUCCUGCGUGGUUACAACCAAGGAAAUUGCAGAAGCGUUUGGAGCAUCUGGGCUUGAAUAUUUUAACACGUUCGGAGGUAAUCCAGUCUCAUGCGCUAUUGGUCUGGCAGUACUGAACGUCAUCGAGAAGGAGGAUCUCCGUGGUAAUGCAACCAAAGUAGGAAAUUAUCUGAUGGAUUUACUGAAAGAACAACAAGCCAAACAUCAGCUUAUUGGAGAUAUCAGAGGCGUAGGAUUGUUUAUUGGAAUUGACCUGGUUAAAGAUCGUAAGAAGAGAACACCAGCCAUGGCAGAAGCACAAUAUAUAAUCUACAGGCUUAAGGAACAAAAUGUAUUGUUGAGUGCUGACGGGCCCCAUCGAAACAUUCUGAAAUUCAAACCACCAAUGUGUUUUACUAUGGAGAAUGCUAAGUUUGUGGUAGAGAAAAUAGAUGGAAUUCUCUCAGAUUGAACUGCAAACACCAAAAAUACCAUCAGGAGUGUACGUAAGCCCAGAUCGAUAUCCAAUCCACCAUGUAUAAUUUCGGUCUCACAAAGGGUAGUACUCGUAUUCCAGCGCGAUGCCCUCUGUUCCAGCUCAUGUCUGCCUAACUUCCCUUUGCUCUAAGACCAGGAUGGGAAAUGGGAUACAAGCUAAUAACUGAGUUCUCCCCUCUUCCUAUUGAUGGUGACUGCUCAUCCUUGAGUAUUGUAUGCCUACCUGACUUUGAUGCAAACUCUACCCUUUUCCACAUUAUGACAGGUGUACCCAUUUCAUUCUUGUGGAGGACUGUGCUCCAUAACACCCUUGGUUCUAAAUAUUUCUAAGUAUUUUAAAAACCUUACCAAGAAAGGACUAGGUGAUUUAGUGGGGUUAAGAUACUGGCCUAAUAUAAUCUGACAUCUGUAUCUAAAUCUAGUGCAAAUGAUGGGAUGCAAAUCUCCCAUUUCAGACUGUAAGUACCAAAUGUAAAAUAAGUUUGGGCAGUGGUCAAUUCAAUCCCUGGUGGAUGUGGGCCCAAAGAAACACUGAACUGGGGGUCUCACUCAGGGAGACCAUAAGGAUAGUUAUUGUGGGAAAUGAUAACGCCACAUAAGACCAUAAGACAUAGGAGCAGAAGUAGGCCAUUCGGCCCAUCGAGUCUGCACUG